AGCAAACCCCAUCCAUCUAUUUCGCUUGAUUCAGUGCAUUUUGGGCGGAUAUCGAUAUAAUAAAAUGCCACUUCAAGUUCUUUGAAGGGUGAUCAAGCUGCGCCAAACCAUUCGCUUUUUCCUUGCUGGUCUGGGGAGCAACACAAGAUGGGAAAGCUCUCCAAUCUCCGCGUGCUCAGCGGGACGCUCGACUGAACAGCGACAGUGCUGAAGAUAGCGCUGUCUGCCGCUGUGCCCUCUGCCACUGUCCGUGGUCCUGAAGUCAAAUGCGUCCCCUCUUACUCACAAGGGCGAUGUAAAGCGCCGCUGUUCUGCACGCUCCUCUUCACAAAAUUGGCGGUAUAGGCGGAGGACUUGAAUCGGGGCUUUUUCGCCUCAGCUUAUUCAACUAACGAGAAUCAAGCUAUGAUUGGUAGGCUACCAUAUUCUCUGCUUCUUCCCGGAGAGUGCGCACGGAAAAGUGUGGACAAAUAAAAUAUCUUUAGUAGGCUAAACAACUUUUACUGGAGAUGCUGGGUUUAAACUUAUUUUCUUUUAGUUAAUUUUUCUCUUCUUAAAGGUGUAUCUUCCAGAGUUUGGGUCUAUUGUUCAAAUUGUACUCGCUGCUGGAUGUAUGUUACAAUGCAUAAUUAUGUUUUUGAUCUACCUGCAGCAUUUGGAAGUUGAUUGAAAUGACUCUCACUGCCGUGGACGACUAUGAGUAGCAUAUUGGCAAAAAUAGAAGGCAAUAUAAUUUCGUACCAUUUUUUUUCAAGGCUUCUUUUUCACAAAUCAGUACCUAUUGUUAUCUUUAUCUACGGGAAAUACGGGAUCCUCUGAGUCAUGUAUCAGAUUGAUUUGUGUGUGCAUAUCACAUCGCUCGCGCUGCUCCGAAGUCAUCCGUACCGAAAAUGGUCUCGUUUCUAACUGCUUUUACGCGCAACAACAGCAACUGAAGGGGGAUUAUAUUUUUAACUGGAGCCUGUUGGUUUAAUCCAAUGGUCAAUCUGGAAGUUAUUGGAUCCUGUGUUAAAUCCAUUCUACUGGGUUUGGAUCUCUGUUGAUCCCGACUCCAACUAGUGGAACCGAACAUUUCAACGCGGAAUACCGCGGCGAAGGAUGGGCCCUCUCUUUCCAACACCCUGCAUUGUCCUCCUCGUCCUCCACGCCAUCUUGUCACCAGCCUCCCUCAGUCCCGAGGAUUACGCCGCGGACGAGGCAGAGCGAACUGCCAACAGCGACAACAUAAUUUUCGACGAUUACCGGGGGAAAGUUUGCGUAGACGAUAGUGGAUUUGUUUACAAACUGGGUGAGCGUUUCUUCCCAGGACACUCGAACUGCCCAUGCGUGUGCACUGAGGAUGGGCCAGUGUGCGACCAGCCGGAGUGCCCCAAGAUACACCCUAAGUGCACAAAAGUGGAGCACAAUGGAUGCUGUCCUGAAUGCAAGGAGGUUAAAAACUUUUGUGAAUACAGGGGGAAAACUUACAAGAUCCUGGAGGAAUUUAAGCCUUCGCCUUGUGAGUGGUGUCGCUGUGAACCAAAUAACGAGGUGCACUGUGUGGUCUCUGACUGUGCCGUCCCAGAGUGUGUCAACCCAGUCUACGAGCCAGAACAGUGCUGUCCCGUCUGUAAAAACGGUCCAAAUUGCUUUGCCGGAACGACGAUCAUCCCAGCCGGUAUUGAAGUGAAGGUAGAUGACUGCACCAUUUGCCGCUGUCACAAUGGGGACUGGUGGAAGCCAGCACAGUGCCUGCGCCGGGAGUGCCUCAAUGGCCAGACGUUGUCAUAGAA